GUCGAAUACCUGAUAGUACCGACAAGCGAGUCUGUGCGUUACGCGGUUCGCGUAUCUGUCUGCUAGAUCGGUUGCUUCGGCUGCCUGCCUGUUUACUGCGUGCGCGUACACAACCGUGUUAAUUAGCAAAAGGUGCCUUUUAACGUGAAAGUGUCGACAGUGUAGAGAUUACAAGGCGGAAGGAGUAUUAACCAAGAGGGAACAUGCUGGCACGAACAACAUACCGCAUUAUGAGAAGAACGUUCGACGACUUCGAUGGUUUCAAUUAAGCGGCGUAAUCAAGUCAAUCAGAAACUCGUGUAACAGCUUCAAGAAUCCAUCUUCAACGAUGAUGCUGAAGGAGGGACGCGACGGCAGCCACGAACAAAACUGUUGUCCAACAAUAAGAUCAUCGGGGAGCGAGCUCGAGAGACGAAAGAUAAGAGAGGAUCGUCGAAUCGUCCCAAGCGUGUCGACCGAUUAAACCGAUAGUUUCUUUCUCUUUUUUUUUUUCCUUUCUUUCCUUCCCUCCUUUUUCUUUUUUAUCGCGAAUCUACGAUUCCGCCUGUAGCCCGAGGGAAUUUCGCGCGCAAUAACGUAAACUGGCACCAUGGGGAAUGGCAUGAAUAAGGUACUCCCUGGUCUUUACAUCGGGAAUUAUCACGACAGUAAAGAUGCCGACCAGUUGGAACGAUUCGAGAUCACGCAUAUUCUGGCGAUCCACGAUACAGCCCGCCGAUUGCAUCCGGACAAGCAUUAUUUGUGUAUAUUGGCGGCGGAUAGUCCGGAUCAGAAUCUGUCUCAAUAUUUCUCUCUGUGUAAUGAUUUUAUUCACGCCGCACGUCUACGCGGUGGAAACGUCCUAAUACACUGCUUAGCCGGUAUGUCGAGAAGCGUCACAGUAGCAGUGGCCUAUAUUAUGAGUACCACCAAUCUUUCAUGGAAAGAGGCACUUAAAGUUGUCAGAGUAGGUCGUUCCAUUGCCAAUCCAAACGUCGGUUUUCAGCAACAGCUGAAAGAUUUCGAGUCCAGCCGAUUGCACGAGGAACGACGCAGGUUGAAGGAACGAUUCCCAAGCUUGGCUCUCGCAGAAUCCGAUGCAGAAGUGUGCCGUUCUACUUUAAGAAAUUACGAAACCAUGGCAUUGGCACGAGAAGUGUGCGAGGGAAAAUGUGCCAUGGGCCGUCCUUGUCCAACUGGACUAUGUAGGCAACCUUCCAAAAGAAGCCCAAGAAGGAAAGCAUCCACAGGCAGCACCAGUAGCUUGAACACAGGCAGAACGCCGCCACAAACACCGAGAAUGCUACCAUCCGCACCACCUUCACCUGCUAUGCAAAGAUCAACCAGCGUGCUGUCGACUUCCAGGCCAAGAAGUGGUCCUGCUGGUUUGCAUUACUAUACCGGGGGAUCUGCGCCUCCUUCCAGGGCGGUGUCUAGAGUCGACUUAUCAGGCGCAGUGGCUUGCAGCAGUAGCAGCACGAGUCUAGCAUCGGUGGGCAGAUCAGGCAUGUCCAGUAGCAAUUGGCGAUUAACCUCUGGAUCUGCUCCGAACACGCCACGACCAACGCCACCGGUUUCUCCGCAACGUUGGCCUAGACGAGCUUCUAAUCGACAAACACCUCCUUUGGAAACGCCGUCAACGACGACGUAGCACUUGCGGAACUUCGCUUCGUUCUCAACCUUGCCAGAGUAAUCUCGAAGCUGAUUCACUCAGCGGGCAUACGCUGCGUCGUCUACACGUGAUCAUAGCCGAUGCUCGUAUUAUACAAGCGUAUCAGCAACGAGCUCAAUAAUUUCGUUGCGAUUGUGUUGCAUGACAAAGAGAGGAAAGAAACAAAAAGUAUCGAGAAGAAUGAAGUUGCAAAACAAGUCGAGAGAGAGAUAAUUUCAGCGACAAAGGAAGCAAGCUGUAAUUAAGCUACGUAACGAUGCACCUGAUCGUGCAAGUUCUUCUAAAAACGAGUCUUUCAAUGAAAUCGCUUAUUUCCGGCGAAAUUCGCCGCCACGAAGAUGCAGAAAUUGUACAUGCAACUUUGAACAGCAAGCUGAACGAGAAAACGCAUCACCUAUCGAACCAAAUCGCGAAUUCAGCAAAGCAGAGGCUAACGAACAAGUUUUAACUAAUUAAUAUCCGAGGAUAAUUGUCCUGUCGAUUGUGCAAAAAAUCUAGCGAGGAAAGAACAGAACAAACAAACAAAGAGAAACAAAAGCUGUGUCUAAUAUUAAAGUUUCUUAAAACGUCUGCGGGACUCGUUAAGAGGGACUCGUAGAAAAACAAAAAAGAAAACCGCACAAGAUAUUUUCUUUUCGCUCAAAGCGAAACGCGUAAAAUCGAAAUUAUACCACAAGCAUAAUAUGGCCCCGGGAGGUGCAACGCAGCAGCAAUUACAAUUUCGAAACGCGUUUGUUCGCGCGGAAAGAGGGAAUCGCGCGAUUCUCCUGAUUAUUAAAACGUCGACACGAAUGCCAACUGACGCGAUAAUGAUUUCGAACGCGCGUGAUAGCGAUCACCGACAAUCUUGCGUACGAUUCUAGGACUUCUUGUUAAUUAACCUUUUUUUAAGGCGUAUUAUGAAAGUUGUUUACCACGAACGACGAAGCUACCAUGCGAAGAACAACCGAUUCAAUCGAACAUGUCCAAAACGGAUCCUUCGUGCUUCAGAGCUCGUAUAAGAAACCAAAGACAAAAGAGAAAAGAAGGAGAAGAAGAAGAGAAAGAAGAAGAAAAAAAAAACAGAAAAACAAUUUAUUCGUAGAGGUAUCUCGUUUACUUUCUCUCCCCCACCCAAAACACUAUCGUUGUUAUCCAAGAGAAGAAAAAAACCAAAAAAAGAAGAAACCGUAGAAUUCGCUGUUAGAGAGGUACGAGAAGAAAAAUCGUUGCAUCGAAAAGAAAAGAUACGUCGUCUCAUUCUAAUCCGAUCGGUGAAAUUCACGUUCGAAGGUGAAACGUGGUGAAUUUCGACGAUCUUGUUGGACAUCUGUAAUUCAUCUAAGUUCAUUUAGCUGGUUAAAAUAUCAACGACACCGUUAGCGUGCUGCAAUUUUCUUUCCUUACGAUGCAUUUUCAUUUGCAUACACUAUUGUUGUAC